UCUGUCCAGAGGCGCUCCGGCAGAUACAGUAGCGCUUGUCGAGAGGUGUGAAGAAGCAAGGACCGCACAGACACCGAGCGGGAGAAGACACAUCAAGUUGGGGCUGUGUAGUUUCUUUUUUUCUCAGUCAUGGCUGACCAUCUUUUACAUUAUAAUGAUUCAGCUGGGGUUGGGAAUCGAUUCGCCCGCAAAGGUGCCUUGCGGCAGAAAAAUGUCCAUGAAGUGAAGAACCACAAAUUUAUUGCGAGGUUUUUCAAGCAGCCGACGUUCUGCAGCCAUUGCACAGACUUCAUAUGGGGAUUUGGGAAACAAGGAUUUCAGUGCCAAGUGUGCUGUUUUGUGGUUCACAAACGCUGCCAUGAGUUUGUCACCUUCUCCUGCCCUGGAGCUGACAAGGGUCCUGACACAGACGAUCCCAGAAGCAAGCACAAGUUCAAGAUUCACUCCUACGGCAGUCCCACCUUCUGUGACCACUGUGGUUCACUGCUCUACGGGCUCAUCCACCAAGGGAUGAAAUGUGACACCUGCGAAAUGAACGUGCACAAGCAGUGUGUGGUCAACGUCCCGAGCCUGUGUGGGACAGACCACACAGAGCGCCGGGGUCGCCUCUUCCUCAAGAUCGAGGUCAACGGGGACAGACUACACGUCACAGUGGGUGAAGCCAGGAACCUCAUCCCCAUGGAUCCUAACGGUUUAUCAGACCCUUACGUUAAACUCAAGCUCAUCCCAGACCCAAAGAACGAGACCAAACAGAAGACCAGGACCAUCCGCUCGUCCCUCAACCCCUGCUGGAACGAGUCCUUCACUUUUAAGCUGAAGGCAUCAGAUAAGGACCGCCGCCUGUCCAUCGAGGUGUGGGAUUGGGACCGAACCACCCGGAACGACUUCAUGGGCUCGAUGUCCUUCGGGGUGUCUGAGCUGAUUAAAGCUCCAACCUGUGGAUGGUAUAAGAUGCUCAACCAGGAGGAAGGCGAGUACUACAACGUGCCCAUCCCCGAGGUGGACGAUGUCAACCUGGAGCUGCGACAGAAGUUCGAGGCCUGCCAGUUAAAUAUCCACUAUCUCAAGAAAGCCAAGCUGGGCCAUGGUAAGAAAGUGAUCACGCCAUCAGACCACCGGCGGUUCAGUCUGCCCUCAGGUAACAUGGACCGGGUCCGACUCGGUGAUUUCCACUUCCUUGCCCUGCUGGGUAAAGGCAGCUUCGGCAAGGUAAUGCUGGCAGAGAUGAAGUCAACAGAGGAGUUGUACGCCAUCAAAAUCCUGAAGAAGGACGUCGUGAUCCAGGACGACGACGUUGAAUGUACCAUGGUGGAGAAGAGGGUGUUAGCCCAGCGAGACAAGCCGCCCUUCCUCACACAGCUCCACUCCUGCUUCCAGACCGUGGAUCGGCUGUACUUUGUGAUGGAGUACAUCAAUGGAGGAGACCUCAUGUACCACAUCCAACGUGUGGGCAAGUUCAAGGAGCCGCAGGCAGUGUUUUACGCGGCGGAGAUCGCAGUGGGUUUGUUCUUCCUGCACCGGAAGGGAAUCAUCUACAGGGAUCUGAAGCUCGACAACGUGAUGCUGGACUCCGAGGGCCACAUCAAGAUCGCUGAUUUUGGCAUGUGUAAGGAGAACAUGUAUGAGGGCAUGAACACGCGCACCUUCUGUGGCACCCCUGAUUACAUUGCACCAGAGAUCAUCGCAUACCAACCCUAUGGAAAAUCUGUGGACUGGUGGGCCUACGGAGUUCUGCUGUAUGAGAUGCUGGCAGGACAGCCACCGUUUGAUGGCGAGGAUGAGGACGAAUUGUUCCAGUCCAUCAUGGAGCACAAUGUGUCCUACCCCAAGUCCAUGUCCAAAGAGGCUGUGUCCAUCUGCAAGGGACUGAUGACCAAGCACCCGUCGAAGCGUCUCGGCUGUGGCCCAGAAGGAGAGCGGGACAUCAGGGAACACGCCUUUUUCAGACGCAUCGAUUGGGAUCGCCUGGCCAACAGAGAGAUCCAGCCGCCUUUCAAGCCCAAAGUGUGUGGCAAAGGCGCAGAAAACUUUGACAAGUUUUUCACACGUACCCAACCCAUGCUGACCCCUCCGGACCAGCUGGUCAUCGCCAACAUUGACCAGAGCGAGUUUGCAGGAUUCUCCUACAUCAACCCGCAGUUCAUCCAUCCAUCCCUGCACAGCGUGGUAUGAGGAGAAAGCAAGGGGAGCGAAGGGAGAGAAAAAGAAAGACAUGGACUGUUUGGGACGAUGAGAUCUUUUCAACCCCUUCCCAAAUGUCCUACUGUCAAAAAGACUCAUUAUCUUCUACGACGUCUCAGCUAGUUGUCAAUAUGUGUGUACCAAGAUGACUUAAGGUGAGGGGGAUAAAGGAGGAGAGAAGUAAGCAGUACAGCUCUGAAGGUUGGUACACAAACUGCAUAGGUCUGUGAGCACAAACCGAGCGAGAGAGAAAAAGUCGGAGGGAAUUAUACAGCACUGUUAUUUUUUGCAACCUUUUCCCUGUGCCACCCAAACAUUUCAAAAUGCGUUCUUGAUUCUGAAACCGUAUCGUUGAAUUUCUCCAAACCCUCCAGCCUUUUCUCGUGUAUGAAUGUGUGUACCGAGCACUAUCCCAUUAUGCCUUUAGGUAUUGAUGUAAAGAUGCAAGAUGUAAAUACUCCUCCUCUUCGUCCCACUCAUCUUCCCUCUCGGAACAUGCAACAAGCUACAAUGCACAUGAGAACAAAACGUAUUUUUCUGUUCUUAUCCCUGCUUUACUUUCUCUACUUCAGUGCUGCCAUUUCUGAACUGCUCAACAUAUACAUACAUAUAUAUACAUAUAUAUAUUUAUUAUAUUUCUAUACUGAAAACGAGAUAGUCUGCUGUUGUGUGAGUGCCAAAGUAGAAGUGGAACACAGGAUUUUUAUCGCAGAUCUCACUAAAUACCCAAACAGCUGCAUCCAUUUCUCAACACAAGUCCUUGUCAGCUAUAAUGUCUAACCUCCUUGUUUGAGCCUUCACCUUCCCGAUGAGUAUCAACACACUAAGCCCUCGACAGGGAGCAUUCAUAUCUCAGAUGUUUUGUAGGAAGUGGAACUAUAUCUAAAUCGCAUAGAGAGAUGGACGCACAUAUCGUAUGCUCACAGUCACAAAUUGUCUAUAAACAUGCCUUUUCAGUAGAGCUGGACAUUGCCAACAGUGGGUGUACAACAGACAACAUUCAGGACUUAAUUAUAGGGUCAGAAAACUGUGGAUCAAAAAAGACGUCAUUUUGGUUCAAGUAUGAAGAUGCUAUUUCUGUAUGCACAAAGCAGAUCUCUGUUGCAUGCUUAUUUUCUGACUAUGUAUGAGCAGUAGACUCUAGGAUGCAGUACACGUCUGGUAUCAUUGUAAAUCUUAGUAUUACGAUAUACAGUAUGUUAAUAUAUAAUUGUUGUACGUUUUGAAAGUCUUAUUCCGAAGAGAAGUUUAUCACUUUCUAACUGUUGAAGAGAAGGUUUUGUUCUUGUUUUAUGUUUAUGCUUACUAAACUUUUACGUUCAGAGAGAUGUCUACCCUAUAUGUCAACCAUUUUGUAAAUAUGUUUCAAAAGAGAUGUUUCGAAAAGAGAAAUUACUUGCAGAUUUUAUACCACAAACUGAAUGUGCUUUUACUACCUUAGAUGGUUUGGACGUUUCUAUGUUUAGAUUACCCCGACAAGAGUUAUAACAUUUGACUGAAUCUUUGGUAGCUUUGGUAUCAGCAAUCCUUGUAAUACGCAUUUCCACUGUUUAUCCAUUGUUUUCUACUAACCAGUGUCAUAUAGAGAAUAUGCAGCACCUAUGUUUGACAGUGGUGCGUGAAAUGGUUGAACGCCCUCUUGCCUUGGUUGUCUCAGGGCUGAAUCCUUCGCUAAAAUCUAACAAGACUGAGUUAUGGUAUGAGGAUUUCAGGGCCUUCGGUGGCCCAAAUAUGUUUUCUUGCUUAUGUUGUGUGCAUGCGUUGAGGUGAGGCCUGAUCUAAGCAUGAGAAAGGCCCUUGCAUGCUACAGAGGUCCCCAGUGUGGAGCAUGGAGUUUCCCACCUCGUCUCACAGAGCGAGACAAAUCUGUCCUGCGAGCAUUUUGCGCUUUUUCUCCUCACUGUCUUCUCCUCCUUGCUGUCUUGUAGCCCACCCAUGAAGUCCUGUUUGGCUAGAGCUCAAGAAAGUUAAAAUUAUAAACAGACAAAUAUAUGUCAUUUAUUUUUAUUUUUUUUUGUCGUUGGCUUUUUGUUCACCGGUGCCAAACUGAGUGUUUUAGCAUUUAAGCAAGAGCAUCAGGCAGCAUUCCCUUGAGACUACUGAAGCACACAAAACUAUGUCAGUGAGGUUUCUUGAACUGCCAAAUUUAAGACGAUACAACCUAGGCAUUCACCCCUGAAUUAGUUAACUUAUACAUGUACAUUGAUGUUUUAGACAGUCACAUUUGGACCAAAGUGAGAUUUUAAAGAGAAAAGUGAAUGUUUACAUGUCUCACAUUGAGAAUCUGUAUCAGAAUAAGGGACGACCUUUGGACCCAUGACAGCAUGAACCAACCAACGUAAAGCCAGCCAGGGUACAGCACCACUACAGGCUACAAUUAGAGCCACAGGGAUAUUUGUAUUCUUUUGUUUUUUUUCCCUUUCACUGCCCCUGCUUUUGUUAACCAGAAUCUUCUUGUUCCUCUGUUAAUUGUGGUAUGAAGGAUACUGUGUAUAAAUAAAGUAUGAAAAAUGUUAAUCUUC